ACAUCUCUAAUGGAUAUUAUUAGAAGUGGUUACAGAUAGAUCAAUGUGUGGAAUAUUUUGCUCAAUUUUGCAUAAUGUUGGAUUACAUUCACUUAAGAUUCCAAACGCACUGAAAGAAAUUCUGAGAAAUCGUGGCCCUGAUGUGCAAGACGAAAUAAUCGUAGAUUAUGAUGCUGGACAAAUAAUUUUUUCCGGCAACGUAUUAUGGCAACAGGGGGAAAGUAUUCAAAAACAACCCGUGGUUACCAAUGACUUCAUAUUCCUCUUUAAUGGAGACAUUUACAAUUUACCAAAGCCAGAGUCGAUGUCUGAUACGUCUUGGAUAGCGAGCAAAAUAUCAGAAUGCCGAAAUAAUGAAAAUAAGCUACUGCAGCUGUUGAAGAAAUGGGAGGGACCUCAUUGUUUUAUAAUUUAUGACAAACGAGAUCAAAUACUUUAUUUCUCUCGCGAUGCACUGGGAAGAAAUUCGUUAAUUAUUGAACGCAUUCCGAAGGGUUUACAUUUAUUGAGCACAUCCCACUGUUUUGAAAAUGAUAAAUUAUCAUUGGAACUGCCACCACUGGGCCUUUAUAAAGUUAACAUUAACGAUCUUACUUCAUGCAUAUUGCACCCGUGGCAGCCUCUAAAUAAUUAUUGUGUUGAGCUAUUAAGCAGACUUGACCAAUUAGUUGGCUGGAAAACUACAGUGGAGAGUCCAAUGUCCCCAGAGUGGAUGUUAAAAAGUAAGCUCACAUUUGAUUACGACUUCUAUAAAUAUACAUAUACCGACAGUCAUGUAGACCUUUACAACAAACUAAUUAGUCAUCCACAAAUCAAGGAGUCACUAGCGACACUCCAUAAACUGCUAUCCAACUCGGUAAGAAAUCGGGUUACAAACAAGGCCCCACUUUGCCGCCUUUGCUUGGAAAAAAUGACAACUUUAUGCGAACAUGCCAAGUUGUGUAUAUUAUUUUCGGGUGGCAUCGACUGCACCAUCUUGGCCUUGCUAGCUAACGAAUUUGUAGCACAAAAUGAACCGAUAGAGCUUAUUAAUGUAGCUUUUGAAAGCGUUGAGGAUCAAAAUAUUUCUGAGAAGCUAUGGGACGUUCCCGAUCGCAAAACUGCACUGCUAUCUAUCAAUGAACUAAAGCAACUUUGUCCCAAGAGGUGCUGGAAACUCUUAGAAGUUAAUGUAACCCGUCGGGAAUUGGACCAGACUCUUACAACACGUAUCAGGCACCUAAUAUAUCCACUUGAAACAGUUUUAGAUGAGAGUCUCGGUUGUGCCUUUUGGUUUGCUUCGCAUUGCGAUAGCUCUACUGCCAGAGUCGCCCUAAUUGGUAGUGGGGCAGAUGAAUUAUUUGGUGGGUAUGCCCGCCAUCGCAAGAGCUUCAAGCAUUGCCAGGGCAGCGCCACAGAACGCCAGCUUGCCGUGCACAACGAACUUGAACGAAUACCUGCCCGGAAUUUAGCCAGAGAUUUUAUUAGAUCUUUAGAAGUGUACCAAAAAUGUUGCUUUUGUUUCCCCGAAGGUGUCGGUGAUAAAUUGCUUCUAAGACUAUAUGGCUAUCAAAUAGGACUGCGAGGCGUAGUAUUGCUUAAGAAACGAGCUAUUCAGUUCGGAUCACGAAUUGCAAACAAAAAACAUAAAGCUGUUCACCAGUCGGAUACUCUUAAACAAAAGCUGGCAACAAAAGUAAACUUAAGCCAUGAAUUUUCUUAAUUAAUUAAAUAUAAAAAACACGGUUUAAAAAGGUUAAUUUUUUUUAAUUUUGCGCCAGAUUAAUUAACGGAAACCACACCCACCAUUGGGGUUUUUUAACACAUUUUUUUUGUAUCUUAGCAACUUCUACAACAACUGCAGAAAGAAAACCACCAUUGUAACCUGUUAUUAUACCUGCUACUCGUA